AUGUCUAUGUAUGCAAUAAUUCUCUUUACCAACAGGAUCAACAGCUUUUCCACUUUUUCCAACAUCCCAGCAAUCUUCAACACCAUCUUCACCAUCAUCACAGACAUCACACUCAUCCUCACCAUCCAUGGCACCAUCUUCAUCACCAACUGCAAUGCUCUCAUCAUCUACCUCAUUUUCUCUAUCAUCAUCUUCCUCAACCUUACUAUCAUCAACAAAUUCACAAGUUUCAUCACCAACAUUAACAAUGUCAUCAUCAACAUCUUUAGUACUAUCAUCUUCACCAUCUUCAUCAGUCCCACUAUUGUCAUCAUCAACCCCAGCAGCACAACCCACACUAAUAGCAACCUCUACGUCAUCUUCCUCAUCUUUACCAUCAUCAGCAAAUGUACAGCCUUCAGCAUCAACCCCAUCAUCUUCAUCACCAACAUCAUCAUCAACAUCCUCAAAGCUAUCAUCUACACCAUCUUCAUCAGUCUCACUAUCAUCACCAUCAUCUUCAACACCAUUCUCCACACCAGCAUUAUCCACAUCAUCAUCCACACUAUCAUUUUCAACCCCACAAUCUUCAUCAAUCUCAAUAACAUUGUUACCUGCACCAACAACAUCAUCAUCAUCAAUAACUGCUUUAUCAGCCUCAACAGCCUUGCCACUAUUUACAACAUCCCAAAGGUCUUCAGCACCAACCCCACCAUCAUCACAGACCUCACCACAGUCUUCAUUAUCCUCACUAACCAUGAUCCCAUCUUCACCAUCUAUGUCACCAACCAGAUCCUCUUCACCUUCACCAAGCUCAGCAGAAUCAGCAUUAUCAUCCACACCAUCAUCAUCACCAAUGCCACCAUCUUCAUCAAAAUCAACACAACUUUUAUCAUACUUACCAUCUUUAAUAUCACCAACUACACAGCCAUCUUCAUCAUUACCAACUACAAGACUGUCAUCAGCAUCCUCACUGACCUCACCACCAUUCUUCUCUAA